UUGUUUUACAAAGUUAACCUGAUUAUAUUAUUUUGGCAUGCUGCCGUAUAAAUUCUACGUUUCUACAACAAGUCGAAUUUUUAACGAUGCAUCAAAACUCCCACCGUAUUUGUAUUACAUAAAGUUUAUCGGCAAAAGAUUAGUUUCUAAGGAAAAUAGUACAUCGGAGUGUAAUAUAAAAGAUCAAUCGAAACCAUAUGACACAUGCAAGCAGAAUACAGAAGCUCCCACACAAUAUCCGAAGAAAACUCUCUUUCAUUUCUGUUGUCCAAAACCAAAUGCUUUGAGUGAAAGCAAUAUUAAAACAAUAGCCUCGGAAUGCAAUGAGGCGUGCAAACGCAUGAAGAACCAAAUCGAGAGCAUAACUAAGUUUGUUAACGUAGAAAAGCAAACAAUCAUCGAAUCUUUAAAGAAAGAAAUAAGUGUGGAUAAAACUGAUGUAAGUCAAUGGGUGAAAAGUAUCUCAAACUGUUUGGAUCGAAGACUUAAAAAAUUGAUGCAAUUAGAUCCUGCUUUCGCGUCCGAAACACGAAUAGUAAUCCUUCGAUUCAAAGAUCACGCAAGAAACACGUUUAUUGCUUUAUAUUGUGACUUAAUGCCUAGUAUCAGACGAAUUGAAACGACUUUAGAAGAACUACAAAAUGAGACUUCUCAAUGUAUUGAAAAAGCAACUGCUCUGAUUCCUUUAUGUUUUUACGACAACUCAUCUCCGAUCUCUAAAAAGUGUUUUUUGAAAAAUACAGAAGAAGCGAGAAAGAUUUUAGAGCAAACAAUGAAGGAAGCACAAAUGAAAUUGAACGAAGUGAAAAGACUUCGGAAGAAUAUUUUGAAAUGUCAUAAAGAAGCGAUAAACGAAGCAACGAACGAACACUCCUCAGAGAUGCAAGCAUUCUCUAAAUAUUUAGAUGAUUGUAUAGCUGCGCUUAAAAAAAUAAAAAGAAAACAAUGACAUAAUGUGCUAUCUUAUCAAAAUUAUUUUGUGGAUAUAUAUAUAAUAAGGCAAAGAAUGAAAAACUUGUAAUAUUUAUUAAUAAGUGAAUGAAAAUAAAUCUUACCAUCCUG